ACGCAGGGCUGAUUUUGGCGUUUACCGUGUAGCUUUUCAAGGCAAAACUAACGGGGUAAAACAAGCGGAUGCGAAUGCACGGAUUUCUGCCAUGCAAAAUAUUCAGGUCGAUUCAUCAGAUUAAGAACAGAAAUGUGCGGUUUUACGGAAUUGCCCUGGUGUAGUUUAAUGUCCGUGUGCACGAGCUCCAGACCGGAUUGGACGCUGCAUUAAAGGAACGCUGGAUGGUCCGUAGACCAUGAGCGGCUGGAAAACAUAUUACAGCCAUCGUGGCAAGAUUCUGCCAAGUUGAAGAACGGCUCUGCCAAACAGAAUGAUGAAGAAAACGUAGUACUAACCAUGUGCUCAUCUUUGAUUUGGACAAGAGGCACUCUGUUCUUGCCACGGUCCAAGGUCUCAUGUACAUCUUUGGAUAGAUUUGGAGUGUGGUUGCAUAGCAUAGAAAAAAACAGCAUUAUGUUUGGACUGCCUACUCUUGAAGAUGAAGUUUGCUUUUAUUUAAAGUCCAAGUGAAGAUGAGAUUUCUGUCUUUAGUUUUCAUUUUCUGUCUAUCUACACAUGCUUACACAACAUAGAUUGCAUUAUGGCUGCUGACUCUCCCCAGCACCUUUAUUUAACUGCUUGGUGUGGUGGAGAGUGACGUUUGGACGAUGCAGCGAAACGGAGGUGUCGCAGGGAAUGGCAGCCAGCCAUGGAUGUUCCGGAGGGUUCGACUGACAUGGCUCAGUUUUAUGCUCUUUUUCAUAUUGGUUUUCUUCCCACUCAUUGCACAUUACUACCUCACCACAAUUGAUGAGGCAGGUGGUCCAGACAAACGCAUUUUUGGCCCACGGCCUGGUGGUGAACUAUGUGAGGCAAAACAUGUGCAAGACCUGUGCCGUAUACGUGAAUCGGUGAGCGAAGAGCUGCUUCAGCUGGAAGCAAAGCGGCAAGAGCUCAACGGUGAAAUAGCCCGUCUCAAUUUGCGGAUUGAUGCCUGUAAGCGAAGCAUCGACAGUGCCAAACAGGACUUGUUACAACUCAAAAAUGUUAUCAGCCAGACAGAACACUCUUAUAAGGAACUCAUGGCUCAGAAUCAGCCAAAACUAUCAUUGCCAGUUAGACUAUUACCGGACAAGGAUGAUCCAGGGCUCCCGCCUCCACGGUCCGUACAGGCCUGUCGCUUGCAUAAUUGUUUUGAUUACGCCAGAUGUCCACUUACAUCGGGGUUCCCAGUAUAUGUAUAUGACACAGGGUCAUAUCCUUGGGGAGACAAUAUUGACCCAUUGAUCAAGCAAGCCUUUGUAUCUUCUGUUAAAAGCAGUGUUUAUGUGACGGAUAAUCCAAAUAUUGCUUGUCUUUAUGUGGUGCUUGUCGGAGAAAUACAAGAUUCUUCACCUUCUCCAGCUGACUUGGAAAAGCAGUUAAAAGCAUUGCCAUAUUGGAGGUCAGAUGGUCAUAAUCACCUGUUGGUUCAUUUGUCCAGGAAGUCGUUAACUCAGAACUUCUUGUACAAUGUAAGUACAGGCCGAGCAGCUAUAGCACAGUCUACCUUCCUUCAGCGACAAUAUAGAGAGGGUUUUGAUCUGGUGGUGUCUCCACUGGUCCAUGCUCUCUCUGAGCCCAACUUUCUGGAGCUGCCACCGCAGGUUCCAGUGAAAAGGAAGUAUCUGUUUACCUUUCAAGGAGAGAAGGUGGAAUCUCUGAGGAGUAGCCUGCUGGAAGCACCACCACAGUCCUUUGAGGAAGAAAUGGAGGGAGAUCCGCCAGCUGAUUACGAUGAUCGCAUCAUUGGCACCCUUAAAGCGGUACAAGACAGUCACCUAGACCAGGUACUUGUGGAAUUUACUUGCAAGAACCGACCAAAGCCCAGUCUACCGACUGAAUGGGCCCUGUGUGGGGAGCGUGAGGAUCGCUUGGAAGUGUUAAAAGCGUCUACGUUUGCUUUGGUGAUUUCUCCAGGCGAUGGGCAGCUCAUAGCAACAGCAGGGUGCAACAUGCGCUUAUUCGAGGCCCUGGAGGUUGGGGCCAUCCCUGUGGUUCUUGGAGACCACUCAAAGUUACCAUAUCACCAUCUAAUUCGAUGGAGUGAGGCAGCUAUCAUGGUACCCAAGCCACGCAUAACAGAGUUGCACUUUCUGUUGAGGAGCCUAUCAGACAACGAUUUACUGGCCAUGCGGCGGCAAGGUCGAUUCCUUUGGGAAACGUACCUUUCCACUUCUGAGAGUAUCUUCAAUACCAUUUUGGCCAGUAUCCGAACCAGCAUUCAAAUACCAGCAUCACCCAUAAAAGAGGAACCUGCCCAGGAGAUUCCCCACAAAGCUGGAAAGAUGGCAGGAACAGAUGCCAAUUUGGCUGACAAUGGGGACCUGGAUCUUGGUCCAGUAGAGACUGAACCCCCUUACGCAUCACCUAGGUUUUUGCGGAAUUUCACUUACACAGUAUCAGAUGUCUACCGAACGUGGAAUCGGGCUCCUGGGCCUUUCCACCUGUUCCCCCACACACCAUUAGACCCCGUUCUGCCUUCAGAGGCAAAGUUUCUGGGUUCAGGAACUGGUUUUCGCCCCAUUGGUGGAGGCUCUGGAGGUUCUGGAAAAGAGUUUCAGGCUGCACUGGGUGGAAAUGUUCCACGAGAACAAUUCACAGUGGUUAUGCUGACAUAUGAGCGAGAGGAGGUACUUAUGAACUCUCUGGAGAGGCUCAAUGGCCUUCCCUAUCUCAACAAAGUGGUGGUAGUCUGGAAUUCCCCAAAACCACCCUCAGAUGACCUCCUCUGGCCAGACAUUGGGUUGCCCAUUGUGGUGGUAAGGACAGAAAAGAACAGUCUGAACAAUCGCUUCCUGCCCUGGGAUGUAGUAGAAACUGAGGCAAUCUUGUCCAUUGAUGAUGACGCCCAUCUCAGACAUGAUGAAAUCAUGUUUGGGUUUAGGGUGUGGCGAGAGGCCAGGGAUCGUAUUGUGGGCUUCCCAGGGCGGUUUCAUGCCUGGGACAUCAACCACCAGUCUUGGCUCUACAACUCCAACUACUCUUGUGAACUCUCCAUGGUGCUCACAGGCGCUGCCUUUUUCCACAAGUACUACGCCUACCUGUAUUCCUACGUGAUGCCCCAGGCCAUCCGAGACAUGGUGGAUGAGUAUAUCAACUGUGAAGACAUCGCCAUGAACUUCUUGGUGUCACAUAUCACACGCAAACCACCCAUCAAGGUGACGUCUCGUUGGACAUUCCGCUGUCCCGGCUGUCCUCAGGCACUGUCUCACGAUGACUCGCAUUUCCACGAGCGCCACAAGUGCAUCAACUUUUUCGUCAAAGUGUACGGUUACAUGCCACUGCUCUACACGCAGUUCCGGGUGGACUCUGUCCUCUUUAAGACUCGCCUUCCGCACGACAAGACCAAAUGCUUCAAGUUCAUUUAGAGGGACCAUAAGAGGACGUACAGACACUUGCUCUGAAGGACGGGAGAUUUUAUCCGACACAAAGUCAAAGAAGGGACGACUGCUACAUAAAUUUUUUUUGUUUGUUUGUUUGUUUCUCUGUGUGUUCGACCCAUCAGCAACCACUACUGGUCUCAUUCGCACCACUUUCAUCAUUCUCAGAAGUGGAUACGAGUUGGAUACGACACUUUAAUGUGUUUCAGACUGAAUGCUUUGGAACUGACAGAAUGGUAAAAGACACGGGCAAAAGCUUCCUGUCUCGUUGCACUCUUUAUUUUUAACCCAUUCUACAUUUAUAUAUCUAUAUGGUGUGUGUCAUCUGCAAGAGAUGUACUCUUGUAUAUGACAAGCACAUUUCUGCAGGUCACAGAAAUUUUGUGUGUGAGUGAGUGUGAGUGAUUUCGAAAUAAGGAACUUUCAAAAGAGAUAUUUCAAGUCACCAGACCUCAAAGGCACACUGACAAAAGUGCAGAAUUAAAAGCACUACACGGCCGGGCGAGCGAUAAUCACUUUCAAUGCUCUCUCCUGGGGUGCCAGCGAUCAGAAAAAAAAACAGCGUGUAACACCCUCACUUAAUCAGGUCUUCUUAGGCAUGUGCCGAUAUCACGUUAUCAUAUCAGAAUAAAUCUUUCCGAUCAUUCGUCUGCUGAGUUUUAAGAUCGACAUGACACUGCCUCUGCCUUCGGCUUUCCCAGCUGGGAUUGGCUUUAGCUCAGGAGCACAAAAACCGCACAAAAAAACGCUGCCAUCAUAGCUGACUACUGUUCAGGAUUGAAUGUAACAGGAGUGACGUUCAUUUAGCAUCUGCAAUAACAUCAUAGUGCAUGUUAAAUAUUUAUGGCAUUAAAACUACAAACCUUUCUGCUAUCAGAAAAUAACAGUUUUCGUGGUGAACACAACAUCAUGAAGUCUCCGCUUUAUAUCACCACACCAACCGAUCGGUGUUUGGAAUAAAAAAUGUGGUUUUGUGUACGUUUUGCUCUCAUAUCCCACGAUCAUGGCAUUUAAGAAGCUUUGAACUCUCUCCUACAUACAAAGGAAGAUGCUAUCUCUUAUUAUCCUUGUUUAGAAUCAUGACAUUUCCAUAUAUUAUAGCUUAUAACUGAAUCUUUUCACUGAAAAUCAAUGUCAUAAUUUUUUUAAAUAGCAGAUUAAGACUAAACCAUAAAAUAUGUAUAAUACUGGUCCUUCUGAACUGUAAAAAGCAUUAACGUCGUCAUCAGACGCUAGAAAUGUGAAGAUUUUUCUGAAAGAUUGACUGAAACGAUUCUGACGGUUAAUCAUUCUCUAAUGUUGACUGCCGAAGAGUUGAACUUUUUUUUUUAACCUCUAUGAAAAGACGUCAUGGUGUUGGGCGUUUUCCCAAAAAAUACCUUGCUGGACUAGUUAUUUAUGAAUAUCGUCAUGGUUACGUGGUGUGACGUAUAUUUUAUAGCCAGUUCAUGGGAACCAAAGAUAAGUAAAGAAAGGAAACUAGCACUAGUAAAGGCCAAAUACUCUGAGAAUUGAAGAUCGGUUUCACAUCUGUUACUAAAGCUUUUCCCAUGACGCAAUGCAUUAAAAUAGAUUUGUUGUUACUUGAGUCAAUUUAAGGUCAAGUUUAGAUGACAUGCAUUUCUUUAGAGACCUGAGCAAUGCUCAAUGCUGAGCAGAAAUCAGUGUUGGAUGAUGAAGCUUCAUAUCUUAAGUCCUUAGGCUAAGCUUAUCAUUGUUUACUGUAUGAUCGUCAUAUUUUGUUUAAAACUAUACAUUUAACUGGUCUAGUGGGGUGGUUUUAUAUUUUUAGGAUGGCAUGAUGGGUAUCAGCUCCAGCUCCAUGACCACAAGAUCAGUCUGAAGCUUACUGUUUGUUCAUAUUCUCACCAUGUCUGUGGAUUUUCCUCCCAAACACAUACCAGUAGGUGGAGUACUAAACUUUGAUUGUUCUUUGAUUGCCCUCGUGUGUGUGUGUGUGUGUGUGUGUGUGUGUGUGUGUGUGUGUGUGUACACGAUACCUUGUUAUGGACCGGCGUCCCAUCUGGAACCAGAUCCACUGCGACAUUGACUUGUGUUUGACUGACUGAAUUGCUACUGAAGAUCAUUGAAUGAAUAUUUUAACCAAAACAAAUUCCAGCACAUUUUUCCCAGUUUUGUAAAACGUACAGUAGUCUGGGGAGAAAUAGUGGCUCGGUAGUUAAGGCUUUUGGCAUGCUGAUCAUGAGUUAAAAGCCUGGCACUGCCAAGCCACUGUUUGGGAGAAAUGACAGCGUAUCAUGUAAGUGAUUAUCGGCACAUGCCUAAGCAGCACAGACGUUUGUGUCCUUUGUAUCUCUGAUUUGCCUAUCUCAUGUUUGUCCUGUUCUUUUGCUCAAAUAGUUGAUGUGAAAUUGGAGUAUAGACCUCAGGUCUGAGUACUAGCACAAUUCUGGAGAAUCUAUGUAUGCUGCGUAUAAAUACUGCGGAAGAAUAACUGGCACAAUCUGAACCCUUUGUUUCAAAAUGGUACUUUGUUUUCUCAUUGAACUGGUAAAAUCCAGAAUGCCUCCAUGCACAUGAACUAACCUUUGCAUUACAAUGUUCAUUUCUGUCCUGAAAUGUAUAGUGUAGAGAUUUCUGUAUUGUAAAUCCAUUAGAUGUUUCUUUUUUUUAAUAUAUGUUGCUAUAUGUUUCAGAUCAUGGAUGCCUUUUAUGGAACCUUUUUUAUACACUUAAUGACUGUAUGAAUACAUUUGUUAAGGUUUAAGGUGUGUGCGUGUGCGCACGUGUGUUUGUUUGUUUGUUUUUUUUUUCCCUGUAUUGCCACUCAAGCAUGGAGAUUGGGGAGGCGAGGAAGCAGAAGCACAGCAAUCUGACUGACAGACUGUAUCAUUAGUGUAAUCCUCAGAAACACUAAUAAACCAGCCCGUGCCAUUUGUCUCUGGAA